AUAGCUGAAGGCUCCAGUUCUGCACAGGCAUUGUUCCUUAGUUACAACAUCCGGGAGAUUUGGCGUCCUUAGUUACCAAGCAACCACUUCAAAACAUUUGAUUUUAGUCUUUUAAACUCUCUCUGAGAUCUCUUUAAAAAAAAAACACUUGCACGAAAAGGAGAGGCAUUCGCAAAUAAAUGUGUCUCACUUCAAGGGGUUUAUGAUGGUAUGUUUUAUUUUUUUUAAAUUUUGCUAAAUACGUAACGCGAUGCGUCGUUUUAACGUCACGCACGUGAAAUAGAAUAGAAUAGAAAGCCUUUGUGGUCGGAUAAUGAGAUAACGAUCGUGGUGGCAUCCGUGGGAGAAGACGAAGUUGGUUCGCUAAAUAAAUUGCAAACUUCAUGUAAUCCCCUUCCUCCUCGAGAUUAAUUGUUACACUGCUAGCAUUAGCAGUUAUAGUUAUUGAUGAUAGAGGGAGGGAAAUCCUAUUUGCUGAACAAUCCAAUAACUCAUCAUGGAAAUGGAAAUCGGCGUACAAGAUGGUUCAGAAAGCAUUUCAAGACCUGCAUCAAGAGAAUCUUCUGAGACCACACGGAGAAGUCAAUAUGAUAUUAAUGCAACUGAUGAAGAAAAGCAAGAUCCAAAGCUGCAGAAGGCAAUUGAGGAGAUGAAGAGGCUUGAUGAACUUCUGUCUGUAUGCAUGUGCAGAGAAAAAGAGGCCAAGCGUCAAAGAAGGCAAUGCCAAGCAAAGCUCUGGCAAGAGCUAAAGGACAUCUUACUUGAAGGCCAAUCCGAAAACAGCCAUGAGGCCAUGAAUGCGAGGCUAUUUUGGGCUUUGGAGGCACCGAUUGGCGCUCCAGAGAAAGAAAUUGAGUCACUGUUUCAAACACAGAUAGGUGAAGAGAGAGCAGAUGACUUCAGCGAAUUAUCUGAGUCUGUGUGCGAGGACUCGGACAACGGGAGCCACAGUGAUGCCGACAAAGGCAAAAAGAGACAGAGGAACUUUGUCAAGAGAAAUAUUGAGCUUGUCAGGGGCAAAGGAGGCCAACUGCUGUUGACACAGGCAGAAGAAGAACGUCUGGCCGAGCUCCUGCGAGACAUUGACGAAGAGGAAGAAAAGAGUGCCAGAGGCUCAGACAACAAGGAGGACAUGUGGGCCGUGCCGGUGUCGGGGAGCCAAGGUUACGCCCCAGAGGUGUCCGACGUGAAGCGGCUGCUUGCCAUUGACUCCAAACUUUGUCAUUUCCAGCCUGCCGUGACGCCGCCCUCAAUGCUAAUCUGCUAUACGCUCUCAGAUGAGGAACGUGUCUCGGACACCGGCGUCAAACACGAUGGGGACAUUCAGCCAGGAGAGAAGGUCCUGCAGGACACCAAGGAAAGGAGGAUGCAGGAGAAGCAGCUUCUGGAGAUCCAACGGCAGCUGGACCUUCUGGGCCAGGACCAGGAGAUGACGAGCGAGCCAGAGCGCCUCAGUGAGGAGCAGUUACUUUGCCUGCUGGAUAGAUGUGAGCUGACAGAAACCGAGCCAGAACCUUGACACGAACACGGACCCCCUCCACGCGAGGCCUCGCCGUCAAGAUGUCCGUCAAAACCCGCGCCAUCUUUCAUAUCACGUUUUCCUGACCUCUAGAUUAAGAAGCAAGAACGAUUGUCGGGUGUAUUCAUUUUAUGAUAUAUCGCAGAUCUUUUGGGGGAAAUUUGAAUUGACAAACAGCACAUUCUUUAUUCUUGGUUGUGUUGACAGUUUCUGUUUGUGGCUGCACCUGGCUGACACCUAUGGCCCCGUUCAUCUCACUCCUCACCUCACAUCGUGACCCUGUAGAAAUAAUCUCACAUUCCUGUGAACUGAAAAAACAUGUCAGACAGGUGGAGCCUAUGAGGUCGGACCUUGACGAAAGCCGCGUAAUAAGCUGUAAUCGCCCAACGUUAUCUCUCAAGGAACCUAAACAUGCUCAAAGUAAAUACAAAUGAGAAGAUAAGAUUUUCAUAAAUUAUUAGGAAGGGAUGACGCAUAUUUAUACUGUGGGUAAAAAGUAGUAAGCUAAACAUGGCAGGAAUGAGUCAGUGUUAAAGUCUCCAUGUAAAUGCUGCAUUCUUAGACUGUCUGCGUUCUUUGGCUAGAAUUUUGUCACACUGUAUACAACUGGACCUCUUAGGUCUUGGACCAUUGACAAAAAUGAUUCCAUCCUUACGUCCGUCUAUCCAUCCAUCCUAUUGAUGGUCUCCAUUUUGUUUUGUUCCGACUGAUGCAUUCAAUGCAGCGCGGUUUUAUGCAAUUUCCAACCAUAUAAUUUUAUAGACGAUUGUCAAAUGGGACGGUGGAAAAGCACUAUUGGAUUGUGGCUUACUGUUUUUAAGAAUUGAGGCACAAUUAUUUGACAGUAAGCAGCACUGGCCCCUGUUUCUUGGCUGAAUAGAUAAAAAUAAGAAAUAUGGGCAUUUUUUUUAGUCAUUUUAAUGCAACAAAGCUCAGCAGAAAGUUAGAUUAAUACCACUUAGGCGUGCUAAAUUCGUCAACGUCUGCUGAUCACACGCCGCGUUUAAAGUUUUAAAGAUGCCUGUGUGAUGUGUAAUCAUAUCUGUAUGAACGUGCUGUUUAAGUGGAUUAUAUUUCAUGGUGAGUUUUCCUGCUGUUGACUCCCAAGGAUACUCCCUUUCUCUGAACCAUCAGCAGACCCAACUAAUGGAUUCCAGUUGCUUGACACAGCACGGCUCGACUCCCUUUUUUGCUUUUGUAAGGACGAGAUCUCAAUCAAAGUAAAUACAACAUCCAGGGUCUUGAACUAUCCAUCCUACUUUUCAACUUUUUGUUUGACAACCCCCCCUCGAGAAAAAAAAAAAAAAAAGAAGACCACAAGUGACGAGAGCUGCUUUUUUUUUUUGGAAACGUUUAUUUUUCUUUUGACAUAACAAAAUAAGUACAAGUAUAAACAGCAUUUUUUUUUUUGGUAAAAAAUAUGGUACAAAUGUUUAUGGAAAAGCAAAAUAAAACGACAUCCUCAUAUCACUGUGCAAAUGAGUUUAUACAGACAGAAGCGUUUCCUCCAGGCUACGCUUCAAGAUAAAUUAUUUAAAUAGCAUAUAUCUACACAAAAUGACAUAACUUCAACAUAAUAAUUUAUCAAAACAAAGGCAUUGGAAAAUACACAUAGCACAACAUAGUCUUAAGUUUUCCUGUUUGGGCUUCUUUUUUUUUCA